AUGGCUACGUCUAAACUAUCUGAUUGCUUUAAAAUAAAUUUUAUUCAUCUCAAAUUUUUUGGAAUAUGGCGGGGUUACAAUACGUCCAAGUAUUACAAAUAUUAUUCGAUAUUAUUUCUCUUUAUAAAUUCAUUCACCUACAAUACUUUGCUUAUCUUAAAUUUACUAUUUACGCCACGGAAAAUAGAUCUUAUAAUUCGCGAAGUAAUUUUUUUAUUUACCGAAGUGGCGGUAGCUGGUAAAGUUUUCAUGAUACUACUUAUGCGAAAGGAAAUCUUUGAUGCUUUCAAUAUAUUAGAUUGUGAAGCUUUUAAAGGUGAAGACGAAGCUAGUAGGCAAAUUGUGGAAAGUCAUGUCUCUAAGUACAAAACUUACUGGAAAAUAUACGCCAUUAUAUCAAACUUUGCUUAUUCUUCGCAAGUAUUUCUACCGCUAUUCGUAUAUUUGAUAUUCAACACAAAAAUGGAAUUGCCGAUAUGCAAAUACUAUUUCUUAGACGAUCAUGUUAUACGAAACUAUUUUGUAUUUUGGUUCAUAUACCAGUCAGUUGGAAUGUACGGUCAUAUGCAAUAUAAUGUCAAUAUUGACACAUUAAUCGCUGGAUUUUUGAUGAUGGCAAUAGCACAGUUCGAAGCGCUAAAUAAUGGACUAAAAAAUUUAAAAGACGCUAAAAAUAAUACAAAAAAUUAUCAAUUUAGGGAUGCUGCCGAAAUUGUUAAACUAAAUCAACAUUUAAAACAUUACCAGCAGAUCCUCGACUAUUGUUCUGCAAUACAGAAUAUUAUAGGAAUAACAAUGUUCGUUCAAUUUGGGAUUGCUUCUGUAAUAAUUUGUGUAAUUUUAUGUGGAUUGCUUUUGCCGUCGUCUAUAGAAGCUAUGAUAUUUAUGGUGAGCUAUUUAUUCGCCAUGCUUUUACAAAUAUUCGUGCCAGCAUGGUUGGGGACACAGCUUAGUCAUGAAAGCCAGGAACUGGUAUUUGCAGCGUAUUGUAGCGAAUGGAUACCGAGAUCUGAGAGAUUCAAACGAAGCCUUAAUGUUCUCAUGGAACGAGCGAAACGGAACAUAAUAUUAACCGGCUGGAGGCUGUUCCCACUUUCUCUUGAUACAUUUACAUCGAUUUUAAAAAACGCAUACUCGUUUUUCACUCUCAUCAGAAACGUGCAAGCUCGAGAAAUAUAG